UCUGACUUCGUUUAGUACAGACUGUUACGUACGAUCACCUCUCACUUUCACACAAAAAAAUAGCUUUUUGCAUUCCCUCCUUUUAAUAAUCUAAAGCUAUAUUGUAAGAAAACUGUUCUUCUGCGUCCAGGCAUGGCAAUGAGUGGAUUGUUGGUGUGCGUCCUCAUGGCAGCGCUAGUGGGGGUUGGUUUGACAUCACCCGUAUCCAAGUCGGAUGGCAACACCAAACAGGGUGGGAUUCUGCCACAGCUACUGGCCAGGAGGGAGGCAGUGAGGAAUGUUGCGGAGAACGUCGCUAAGCGGGAGCAAGACACUCAAACGAGCAUGGCACGGAUGGAGAGGAUGACGCACCUGUCGGAGGACCAGCGCGAGUUCAUGUCCAAGCAAAUCAUGCAGGCCAUCUCAGAGAUGAACGAGUGUCCGGACCGGGACUACCAAGGAUGGGUAGACUUUGGACGGCGGAGUGCAGAGUAGAGAUGUACCACAGGCCAAAUGAGGAACGUCUGCCUGCACUGGCGUUACUCAGGAAUCCAUCCCUAUUUGGAGUAGAUUGUAUAUUUUCAUUGGCUUAUGUCAUGAGUUUUGAUUUUUAUCCAAGUUUCAAAAUAAACAUGUUUGCAGUAUA